AUGGCUGCAGAAUUACCCUUUCAGCUGGCCGACAGGAGCCUUGCCCAACCCGACUGUGUUGUUGACGGCAGAGACAUAACCGCCAAGUCGGGCAAACGAUUCGAUGUCAUCGAUCCAGGUACCGGCAAAGUCUGGAUUUCUUGCCCCGAUUGUAAUGGCGAUGAUGUCGACACGACUGUCCAGUCGAGCCACAGGGCCUUCCAAGAGUACUCCAAAUGGACACCACGAAAACGAGCCCAGACCAUCUCCAAGUGGCACCAGCUGAUUGUCGAUGCUCGCGAGGACUUGGCAAAGAUUCUUGUUUAUGAAACUGGAAAGCCUCUUUCAGAGGCAUAUGGCGAGAUUGACUAUGCCACGAGCUUCACUUGGUGGUUUGUAGGAGAGGCAGAGAGAGCCCAUGGUAGCUCAAUCGUUUCUGCUAUUCCUGGCCGCCGGGCCAUCACUAUUAAACAACCCAUUGGAGUCGCUGCAGCCUUAGUGCCGUGGAACUUCCCAAUCGCUCUGACUUUGAGAAAAGUGGCUGCUGCGCUGGCCGCCGGUUGUACCAUGGUGCUCAAACCAUCGCCAGAAACACCACUGACAGCUAUCGCGGUUGCGCGCCUCGCACUCAAGGCUGGGUUCCCCGUCGGUUCUUUCAACGUCUUGACUACAAGCCUUGAUAAUACUCCGGCCGUCGCAGAAGCUCUAUGUCUUCAUCCGCUGAUAAAGAAGGUAACCUUUACUGGUAGCACGCGUGUGGGCAAGAUUAUCACCGGUCUCUGCGCACGUAACCUCAAAAAAUUCACCCUCGAGCUGGGCGGAAAUUGUCCCUUUAUUAUCUUCGAUGAUGCCAAUACCGUCCAGGCACUCGCUCAACUCAUGGCUCUCAAAUGGCGUCAUGCCGGCCAGGCAUGUAUCUCGUCAAACAGACUUUAUGUCCAGCGUGGCAUAUAUGAUGCUUUUGUCAAGGAGCUCAUUGCCAGCACCUCCCAACUCAAGGUUGGGCAUGGCAUGGCCGAAGGAACGACCAUGGGCCCGGUAACGACACCUCGAGCGCUCGAUAAAGCCGAAGAAAUGGCCAAAGAUGCCAUCAGCAAUGGUGCGAAAUUGGUGUACGGGACCGGCCUUCGUGCUGAGUCUACAGGAGGAUAUUUUAUGAACCCAACCAUCUUGACAGACGUGACGGACGACAUGCUCAUGAGCCAGGACGAGAUUUUUGCACCACUCCUCGGCGUCUCCGUGUUUGAUACAGAGGACGAAGUUACUACGCGAGCAAACAACACCAGCAUGGGCUUGGCCAGCUACGUGUUCACCAAGAAUGUUGAUCGUUUGUGGAGGAUGUUUGAGAAACUGGAAGCCGGCAUGAUUGGAUUGAAUACAGGAAACAGCUCGUGUUCUGAGGCUCCGUUUGGCGGUAUCAAGGAGAGCGGUUGUGGAAAGGAGAGUGGCAAAGACGUGGCGGUGGAGGAAUUUUUGGUCACCAAGAACGGAACGCUGACUGUUGAAGACCAUUGGUGA